AGCAACACUGAGAUCACUGCAAAUCCCCAGCUUUCCUGAGUGACAUCGUUGAAGCAUCACCACACAGAUUUCUUCAGAUCAAGAAUGGCGAACGCUGUGUCUGGAGUGGCGGUGAACGAGGAGUGCGUGAAGGCGUUCCAGGAGCUGCGCGCCGAGCGCGCGCACCGGUUCGUGGUGUACAAGCUGGACGACGACCUGCAGCAGGUGGUGGUGGACAAGGUGGGCGGCGUCGAAUCCAAGUUCGACGACCUCACCGCGGCGCUCCCCGCCGACGACUGCCGCUACGCCGUCUACGACCUCGAGUUCAUCGCCGACGACUCCGUCGGCGACACGCCCCGCAGCAAGAUCUUCUUCAUUUCCUGGUCCCCGGAGACGGCAGACAUUAAGAGCAAGAUGGUGUACGCGAGCUCCAACGAGGGGUUCAAGCAGGAGCUGGAGGGCGUGCAGUACGACGUGCAGGCCACCGACCCCAGCGAGCUCACCCUCGAAAUCCUCAAGGACCAUGCCACCUGAUCGCUCCGAAGCUCCCCAAAAGAAUUGUAUCUUGCUUUGAUCGGGUGUCGGUCUGCAGAAUGAUUUUUCCCUUCCCUGUAACGCGUGGUGUGUGAAAUAAUUGACUGAUUGAUUGAUU